CCGGGUUUGAUGUGAUUGUGAAGUGCUCGGUGACCAGCUUACUGUAGUCAGAUGUUCGAGCUCCUUUAACGCACAACUUUAAAUAUCCGCUGUGGGUCCAGUGCGCUCACUUAUCCAGAGAGCAAACUGGACGUUCUCUUCCAGUUAUAGUCAGAUUUUUCCUGUAAAACCAGGCCAGACUAGACCUGUCGCGCAACAUCCACAGCACCUUUCGUAUUUUUUUCCUGUAGCCAAACAGUCUGGCGCUUGAAGGGGGUAAAGGAGGACACAUAGCAUUUGGGCGGACUGUAUACCGACCAUGACGAGACGAGAGGAUGGGGAAGACUGUAUGUAACGACUGAGAAUGAGGAGCAUCUCUGCAACUAACAGAUAUGCAGUUGAGGUGCCAUGGUUGUGGAUUCAGCCUGCUCGGUCACUAAGCUAAGGGGGACAACCUGGGAUAAGUGGUGUGGUGCACAAAGGGCACAUUAAAGCCGAGCACACAACAAGUCAGGACCAUGCGCCCGGUGUGCUGACAGAGCACCGAGGUGGGAGAGGAGCUGCAACACUGUGGCUCGUUUCUGGCUCUAGACUUUCACCACAACACAAAGUUGGACUGUACGGAGAAGUUUCCAUUGCGUAAUAACACUCAAAAUGCACUCGGUUUAAGUGUAUUUUCUACUGCAGUGUUCCGACCACAGCGUGAGGCUCUCUGAACUGAAGUCCACUUUAAAUGCGGACUGGUUUGCGGUCAGUGAGUGCACAGCCGAGCUGCCAGUGCCUAUUGAUUUUCGACUCGAGACAAAACAGAAGUGCGUUCAUUUUGUACGGUUUGGUAACACCGCCAUGGAGCUGACACUGUGGAGCAUCGUCCUGCUGGGGUGCGUCUGUCUGCGCUGGGCUCUCUUGGCUUCUGCAGAGGAAGAGGUCCUGAUGAACACUAAGGCAGAGACUUCAGAUCUGAAAUGGACCAUCUACUCGCUAGCCAAACCAGAGUGGGAGGAACUCAGUGGUUUAGAUGAGGAGAACAACAGCGUGAGGACCUAUGAGAUCUGUCAGACCGACAGCUCAUCCAGCCACUGGCUACGCAGCGGCUUCAUCCAGCGAAGAGGAGCGUCUCAGGUCUACGUGGAGCUGCGCUUCACCAUGAUGGAGUGUUCCUCCAGGAGCACCCAUCACCGCAGCUGUAAGGAGACCUUUAACCUCUACUACUACCAGGCGGACUCCAACGAGGCCACAGCCACUUACCCACCCUGGAUGGAGAACCCAUACACCAAGGUGGACACGGUGGCUGCAGACUUUCUACUGAGGAUUGGUGGGGAGAAGAAAUCUAACGUGAAGACCUUAAGACUUGGCCCUCUAUCUAAAAGAGGAUUCUACUUGGCCUUUCAGGCUCAGGGCGCCUGCAUGGCGCUGCUGUCCGUCAGAGUGUUCUUUAAAAAGUGUCCUCCCCUGGUCAGUGCUCUUUCCGCUUUCCCAGAGACUGUUCCCCGAACUCUAGUGCAAGAGGCGCAGGGUGUUUGUGUGGAACAUGCUGCCCAGCAGGGGCCCCGGCCUCGGCCACCUAAACUCUUCUGCGGGGAAGACGGCCAGUGGGUGGGUCAGCCAACAACCUCCUGCGCCUGCCUACCAGGAUUUGAGUCUGCUGAGGGACACACGCGAUGCAUAGCCUGUCCUGUGGGUCAGUUCAAGUCGAGCACAGAGGGACAAUGCACAGGCUGUCCAAGAUUCAGCCUGACUACCAUCAGGGGGGCGUCGGAGUGCAAAUGUAACUCUGGAUACCUACGUGCAGAAUCUGACACUCCUGACACCCCGUGCACCAAACCUCCCACAGCCCCACGCAGCAUCGGGACCCAGAUCAAUGACACCACGCUCAGUCUGGAGUGGAACGAGCCUCUGGACAACGGCGGCAGAACAGACCUCAGCUACGCCGUCCGGUGCUCGGUGUGCAGGUCACCCAAGGGACCCUGCCUCUCGUGUGGAGAUAGUGUGAGCUACCGGCCCGCUCAGCAGGGCCUGCUGGGUCGCAGGGUGGAGGUGUGGGGCCUGCUGCCCCACACCACCUACACCUUCACUAUCCAAGCGCUCAAUGGGGUAUCGCAAGUCAGCGGCAAGGAUCCUGCCAGUGAAAGUGUCAACAUCACCACGAGCCAUGAUGUGCCCUCGCUGGUGUCUGAGAUUCGCCAGAGUGACUCCACAGAGAGCAGUCUGACUCUGUACUGGUCAGUCCCAGCUCAGCCACACUACACCAUCCUGCAGUAUCAGCUACGCUACUGUGAGAAGGAGCGACGUAGUGAGGAUCAGUGCCACUACACAGAGAGUAACAGAAACCAGGCCGUGCUGACGGACCUCCGCAGGGCCACUCAGUAUGAAGUGCAGGUUCGGGUGCGCACCAUAGCCGGUUAUGGCAGCUUCAGUCGAGCAGCCACCUUCCACACCCUGCCUGAUGGACAUGACUCUGCCUCCCAGUUCCUGGUACCCGGCAUCCUUAUCGCUGUUGGGAUGCUGCUGCUUGUCACUUUUGUCUUUUUGGCUGCCUACUGCAUACGCAGACAUAGCCAAAUAAAGGAUCCAGAACUGAGUGACAAAACCAGCCAGUACCUCGUUGGCCAAGGGGUCAAGGUUUAUAUCGACCCCUUCACCUAUGAGGACCCUAAUGAGGCAGUGCGAGAAUUUGCCAAGGAAAUCGAUGUUUCCUUUGUCAAGAUUGAGGAGGUUAUCGGCGCUGGAGAGUUUGGGGAGGUGUGUCGGGGACGGCUGAGGAUCCCCGGGAAAAAAGAAAACUACGUAGCAAUAAAGACGCUAAAAGGAGGCUACACUGAGAAGCAGAGACGGGACUUCCUGUCUGAGGCGUCCAUCAUGGGCCAGUUCCAGCACCCCAACAUCAUCCACCUGGAGGGGAUCAUCACAGCGAGCUGUCCUGUCAUGAUCCUCACAGAGUUUAUGGAGAACGGAGCUCUGGACUCUUUUCUCCGGCUGAACGACAGCCAGUUCACACCCAUCCAGCUGGUGGGUAUGCUGCGUGGCAUUGCAUCCGGCAUGAAGUACCUGGCGGAGAUGAGCUACGUCCACCGAGACCUGGCUGCCCGCAACAUCCUGAUUAACAGCAACCUAGUAUGUAAGGUGUCCGACUUUGGUUUGUCACGCUUCCUGCAGGAGAACUCCUCUGACCCGACCUACACCAGCUCUCUGGGAGGAAAAAUCCCGAUUCGCUGGACAGCACCGGAGGCGAUAGCCUUCAGAAAGUUUACCUCAGCCUCAGAUGUGUGGAGCUAUGGCAUUGUCAUGUGGGAGGUUAUGUCUUUCGGAGAGAGACCAUACUGGGACAUGAGCAACCAGGAUGUAAUCAAUGCCAUUGAGCAGGACUACCGGCUGCCCCCGCCUCCUGACUGCCCCACCCACCUGCACCAGCUAAUGUUGGACUGCUGGCAGAAGGACCGCUCAGUGCGCCCUCGCUUCGCCGACCUGGUCAGCGCUCUGGACAAGCUGAUCCGCAACCCUGCGUCACUGAAAAUAGUGGCUCAAGAAGGAGCAGGGCCAUCCUAUCCCCUGCUGGACCAGCGUGCACCUUUAGCCCUCUCGUCGUGUGCUUCAGUGGGGGAGUGGCUGAGGGCCAUUAAGAUGGAACGCUACGAAGACAGCUUCCUGCAGGCUGGCUUCAACUCAGUGGACCAGCUGGCCCAGAUCACCACACAGGAUCUGCUGCACAUGGGAGUGACGUUGGCCGGGCAUCAGAGGAAAAUCCUUUCUAGCAUCCAGACAAUGACCUUUCGGAACAAGAGCACCGCGGCUGUGACCUUCUAGCAUUCCUGUCUCCUAACCUGACCACCAGCACACAGGUGUAGCCAUGUACUGAGAGCACUCUGGAUUCUCUCCUGUGACCCACUUUGAACACAGACUCCAAGAGAGAUUGGCAGAAUUCAUUCAUGACGAGGGGAAAAAAAGCUAAAAAAUCUGCAUCUAAAGACAAUUUUCCCACCAGGAUGUGAGUCAUCCAGACUCUUGUGAGUCCCAGUCACCCACAGUGACCAGGGUGUGAAACGGAUGUGAAGACUGGCUCAUUUUUACAGUUUAUGAUCAGUGUUUUUAUACUUUCCAGAGGUGAACACCCCAGAGUUUACAGCAUUUCUGUAGUAUUAUGGUGUUUUUGAAAACUGGCAUUUGACAGGUUGUUGUCCCAAGAAAAAGUAACUUCACCAAAUGAGACCAAAAGAAAUACCAGUGCCAAUCAAAAAAAGUUUUUUUUACAUGUUAUUGUGUAAUUAUAAACAAGAACUGCUUUUACCCUGGGUGUCAUGCAUUAAUCCAUCUGGAUUACAUUACUAAAUAGAUACCUUCCACAUCAAGACCCGACAUGUUCAACUGUUGGAUUUGACUUAUUUUUCCAUUUGAUUUCAUCAUUACCUCCUCUUUACUCAGGUGUGAUGUGUAAUGCAGACUUUGGAGAGCGCUUUACUCAUCCUAAUCAGACUUAUCUUCCACUGUCUGGCUCUCCCCUCCCCAGCUUAGCAAUGUGUGUGGAGCGGAGAAACACAGAGACAUAUCAGCACUUUUGUCAUAUCAAGGUGAAUUGUAAUGUUCAGUACCUCCAUGUGUUUCUAUUGGAAUGUUGUUAGUUAUUUCUACUGCCUGUGCUCCUGCCGGCAGCUCAGUGUAAUUAUAAUCCAAGUGAACAAGGACCAAGUGGACUCAGAGACCAGAACAGACUGUAGAAUUGGUUUACUUUAUAGAAAUUUACCAAGGAAGCAAUCUGGCCUCGGAUGUGUUUUAAAUGAUGUAAACUAAAAUUUCCUGGUGUAGUUUUCAUUUUCUUAUUUUGUAUUCAUUUUUCCCUAAUCUUCCAGUGCCAUUCAGUUGUCUUAGUGAAUUUCAAUGCCAGUUUUAUAAAUCAGAAAUCUGUCACAAGUGAUUACAUUUUGUAAGAUUUAAACCUUAACCUUAAAGGGUUACUUUGACAUUUUGGAGUUCAAUUUAAUCUUCUUUCAUUUCUUUGUUGUGUAGCUUUCGCCCUAAAGUUAGACAAAAAUGGUGCUAACAGACUAUCUUGCAGCCAGCAGUAACCAUAGCUUUCAGAACGAAAUGCUAACCACAUUGUUGAGCUGCCGUUUGAUUAGCAAAGCCCCCACCCCACCCAAAUUAGUGGAUUAUUUUCCUUAAACGGAUGCUGGUUGUGUGGUCUGAGAGAUGUUUCUGCUUUUGGCCCAAAGCUACACAAAGCUAGUUUGUUCAUUUUUCAGAGGAAAACCUGCUAACAGGCUAGCUGCAGUGAGCAGCAUCCAAUGGUGUCAGAGUGGAAUGCUAACAACACUGCUGAGCUCCUGUUUGAUGAGCAGUGCAGCCACAUUAUUACAAGUGCUUGUUGAUGGAGAAUAACAGACUGGAGUUCAAAAUGUCAAAGUAUUGCUCAAAGACUUUGCAUCUGCUCAAGGAUAAUACCAGCCUUUUUGACAUUUAGGUCAUGUAUAAUUGUCCCCAGCUAGCUCAGAGACCUGCAGUCAAUCAGGAAAAUGGAGCUUAAACAGCUACUCAGACACUUGCAUACAAACAGCUAUGCUGAAUACAAAGUGGUUUUCCUUUUGUGCCAUAGUAAAGUGAUUCUUCUUUAUGCUUUAUAGUGUUUUUUUUUAAUGUUUAGAUGAUAAUUUGAUUCUUUUUUUCACAAGGAGCUGAUUUUUGCUAAUAGCUCCUCAGAUAUUUACAUUGCAUUUCUAUAAUAUCAUUUUCUAGGGUUUCCAGAGGUUUAAAGUGCAAUUUACACACAGUCCAUUCAGAUGUGAUAAAUAACAUGCAUUCAAAUGGCUAAUGCACACCAAAUAUGAGUUCUGAAGGCGGGGUUCUCUUGAGCAAGGCCAAAUGUGGUGAAAUGUGGCCCUUUCCCAACAUAAAGUUUAUUUUAGGCCUUAGACAAAAACACUGGUAUUGCCAUGCAAGAGUCCACGAGAUUCCUUUAAGGAUUAUGGGAAAAGUGGUCUUCAUAUUGAAGAUCUCAAUAAUCACCUUUGAGAUAAUGAUUCAGUAUGUUUUGAAUACCGUGCUGUGUGUAGGCUAAUCUGUAUUCAGUAUUCAUAAUAAAGAUACACAGCAGUGUUUACCAUGAAGGGCUGAUUUCUCAGCUUAUUAAAAUGUCAGAUGGCCUCUGUAGAUGUUUGGUCUUAUCACAGUAAUUCAUACCUCAGGUGGAAGAUGUGGACGUCAUCUUAUAGACGUCAUAGGACGUCCCCGUCUGACCUGAAAAUGCAAUCCCACGCAAUUUACCUGUGUUCAGUCUGAUGGCUGUUCUGUCCACGUUGCCCUGGUGACUUAUGUCCUGAAUUC